AUGGAUUUUCACCUUGUGCCUCGAGGCACCGAUCGGAAUUACACGGGAUUUCUGACUAAAACUAUCGUUUACUCAGGAACUCUGGUUAUUUUCAUAGCCUCUUUUGCGCUCACCAUCUCCUCGAUCAUCAUUCCUAAAUGGAUCAGCUAUCAUAGCGAAAAGCCCGCCCACCACUAUUCUUACGGCCUCCACCGCCGCUGCUCCUCCCUCACCGAUACCUGCGAGAGCUUUCCACAACGAGAAGACUGUCAUGGCGACGACCGAUAUUUCUGUUCCAUGUGGCGCUCCGUGGGGUUCCUCAUGUCCUUCGCUGUUGUCCUUGAGGGAAUGAGUAUCGUCACCUACUUGAUUAUCCUUGGUGGUGGGAAACGGCUGCGUGAGAAUGGUUGGAGAAUCCUCAGCAUUUUGAUCGUGAUAUCUGCCUUGAUCCAAGCGGCCAGCAUGUCAAUAGUGGCAUAUCUAUUCGAUAACGAGGAUCGGUUCUUUGUUGGAUGGCGGCUUGACCAGUCUUGGGUCUUUUGUACUGUCAGUUGGUGCGCCGGUAUUUUCUGUGCUGGCGCGAUUAUCGCCGCGGCACACAUCUUACCCUCCGAGGGCGGUUAUGAGUUGAUCCCAGAUCAUGAUGACUUGAGGGUCACUUGA